AUGCAGACCAAAAGAAAGAGGUGCCGAUUGAGCAGUGGUGGUCGCUGGACCACAGAAGAACGAUCUCGUCUAUUGCGACUGCGUGAUCUGAAUAAGCAUCUUCGUUGGACUCAGUUUCAGAAGGAUAUGAAAUUGAACCAACAAACUAGGGACAACGCAAUGGCCAAUACUGCUAGCAAUGGAACGACACUCCCAUUCAAGACCAAUAAGCCAAUCAAACGACCAAACACGGACGAGCGCUCCGUCAAUGAACGGGCCAAUAAACAGUCUAAAACGGCCGAGAAAGAUUCGACCUAUGCGCCUGACGAAGACGGCGAGGGUUCGGAAUCUUCAUGUGGCGAAGAUAUUGAUAUGGAUGGUGGCCCGACGAGCCCCGUGAAUGGUCGAACAAGAAGUUCGGCGAAUUCCUUGGCAAAGAAUAAAGCUCAAGCAGUGAGGAUACCGCUGAUAUCUCAAAAUCGCAGGAUUGCCACAAGCUCUCAGACAAGUGUGUCUGAUACGACAGCUCCGGAGUCCCCUAGCCGGACUAGACAAACCAAGGGCACUGAGAGGGUUCUGGGCGCUAUUCACAAUAGCAAGCCUGUAUCGACCACUGCAGCGAUGCAAAGUAUCAGCCUGCCCAAAGCCAAUCCUGGCAACCCGCCUUCUGAAGCUUCGCAGCCGCCACCGGCCAGUACGCAAAUAGAAAGUCUGGAUUCGGGCACGGCACACGGCCUAUUUUCUAGCCUUGUGAAAUCUAUUGCAGAUCACAAAAAAUUAUAUGAAUUGCUGCCAAAAUUUCCUGAGAGACAAGGGAGCGAGCUCAUUAAGUGGGCUCUUCUCGAAUUGGUUUCUGAUGCUCAUUCUUACCAGUCCGCUCAGCAACUUAUUGACGAGCAAACACGAGAGCUCGACACAUAUAAAAAGGGCCAGGAAUCUCUGGAAGCAGAGCUAUCGAAAGCUAGUGGCGAGAUCGACACAUAUAAAAAGGGCCAGGAAUCCCUGGAAGCAAAGCUAUCGAAAGCUAGGGACGAGAUAGCCAAAUUAGAUCAACAACUCAAGUCAACUCUCUCUCAGAGUUGCAAAGAAUGCCGCCGACUGCAGGAGAGAAAUACGGCUCUGGAAGAGACGAUCAACAUUGUAAAACGGCAGCUUCUCUCUGGUCCAGCAGAAAGACGUCCCCCUCCUAGCUCGUCAACGUCUGCCGGGGUGGUAUCGGGUUGA